AAUAAACCCACUAUAAAUAUCCACAUCAUAUAAUGAAUCGAAUUCACUUAUAACUUAAAUAUUUGUAGAAAAAUUGUUUAAACGAAACAAAGUAGAUCAUCAAUGGCAUCAUCACAUAGAUGUAUUGCUCUCUUAGCUCUUUUUGCAAUCUCACUGAGGUUUUGUUAUUGCCAAAAUAAUACUAUAGAUGCCUCGGGCUGGAGCAACGCCGGUGUUACUUGGUACGGUGAAGCUGAGGGCGCCGGUAGCACCGGGGGAGCUUGUGGAUAUGGUUUGGCAGUGGCCAAUCCACCGUUUUACGCGAUGGUUUCAGCCGGAGGCCCUUCACUAUUCAACAACGGUAAAGGAUGUGGAACAUGUUAUCAGAUUAUGUGCAGUGGGAAUCCAGCGUGUUCAGGAAGACCAAUAACGGUGACGAUAACGGACGAGUGUCCCGGUGGUCCUUGCGCCUCCGAGCCAGUCCACUUUGACCUUAGCGGCAAAGCCAUUGGUGCCUUAGCCAAACCUGGCCAAGCCAAUCAGCUUCGAGCCGCCGGUGUUCUCCGUGUUGGUUACAGACGUGCUCCGUGUUCAUAUAGAGGGACUAAUAUAGCUUUCCGUAUUGACGCCGGAGCAAAUCCUUACUACAUGUCAUUUGUUGUGGAAUACGAAAACGGUGACGGAGAUUUGGCUUCCGUUGAGAUUCAACCGGCCGGAGGAAAUUAUAUCUUCAUGCAAGAAAUGAGAUCCGCCGAAUGGAAAUUAAACUCCGGUAGUCCUCUGAGAGGUCCGUUCAACAUUAGACUUACUUCUAAUGAAUCUCGUAAAGUAACCAUCGCUCAGGCUGUUAUUCCGGCGAAUUGGAAGGCCGGCCAGACUUACCAAUCAGUCGUUAAUUUUUAAAGUUCUAUUUGUAUUUUUGGUAAUGCUAUAGUUAAAAUACUAUGUAUUAAAAAAAAAAGCUUUUUAUAUGACAUAAUUAAUAUAAUAAAUAAAAUAAACAAAGAUGUUGACUUA